AUGGACAGAUGGUUCUACAGCCAGCAGAUUGGUCAGGAUGUGGGCAAAGCUCCAGAGGCAUUUGUUUCAAUCCAACUGGAGAAACUAGGCCCCCGUGACAUGAUGUUGAAUGAGUUUAUUAAUAAGAAGAGCAGCGCAGGGCCGCUGAUGAAAAACCCUGAGGAAGUGGAAAAAAUCAAAAGACAGUUAAUUCUUGUCUACUGCCACAGGUAUACUUUCUUCAUUCAAGCUUGUUUCCUGGAGCAAGUUUGUCGGAAAGCCUUGUACCAGACUUUAGAGAUUGUGGCAGCACUUCACGACAUUGUCUCAUACUUGUGCUGUUUUGCACGGCUUGGAAACUCUCCUCCAUUGGGACCUCAGAGUGUGCAGCCACUAGCCGCUGAGUGGGGAGGACUCGAAGGCAUUGGUUCUGAGCUUCAGGAGAUUCAGGCUCAGGUCGAUGAUCUUUCCAAUCCACGAGACCCCGCCUCAGUCGCAAAGCUCCUCAUCCUCAAAAGAGAGGUCAUGUUCUUGCAGUUUGAUGCUGCUGUUCGCCAUUUAAUUAGAGAAACUUUCUUGUCUGUUGGCAAUGUGGCAGCAUUUCAAUCAGUGACAGACUCUAUGUGUCAAGCACUGUCAACCAUGAGUAACUCUGCAGACAGCAGCCUGUAUGGAUCAUUGCUUACUCUACCAGCGCCCUUGGAUGCCUGGAGUCACAAGUAUUUUCUGUUCCAGGCCUCUGUACUCUUUCCGUGGAGGACGUUCUUAGCAAGAGAAGGAUUUGUCCCAGUGAUGCUUGGCAACUUCCAAAUUAUUGAGUACGGGAUGCAGAUCUGCCUGUGUAGACUGAAUGAUCAUGACCGAAGUGUAGCUAAUGCUGAGCUACUUGGUGUCUCUCUUUUGAUGGAAGACGUGAUACAGAGCGGGAGUGACCUAUUGAAUGAAAAGGAUGCGGAGUCAAGUAUUGACUCGGUGACGAAAACUCAGCAGGAGGAUGCUGUUGAAUUAAAAGAAGAUGGAAAACAAUCCUCAGACAGCAGAGUAGCUCCCUCUUUGAAAGCAAGGGACCCUACAUCAGUGUUCAUGGCUCUUAAAUCAUUCUUAAUAUUAUGGAAACAACUUGAGGUGUUUAAGGAGGAAUGGGGCAGGUUAAAGCUUAGCGUGGAACAAAUCAACUCUGUGAGCCUCUACAAACAAUUUUGCAAAGUUUACAGAAUGGAAAUCCUGUACCCAGUUUUGACAGUGAUCACCGGUCAAAUAGGCAUGGAAGAUGAGUACGAGAGAAUGAUGAUGGACAACCAGCUACUACUCCCACCAGAGGGGACAUCAAAAGCAGAGAUGAAAACUCAACAGCUGCACAAAAUUCUUGAAAGCAUGGAAUGUUACAUGAUCCAUGAGCUUCAAAAGAAAAUCGCAAAGGAGGUAACACUCGUUAUGUCAGAAAGAGCCAGAGGUGAAGCAACUCUGCCAAUAGAUGUUUGGAAGCAUUCAGCCAUGACAGAAAAUGUCUUGUUAGUCAGGCCUCAAAUUGUUGAAAGCUUUGUUCAAAAAUUGAAGGAGCAUUCACAGGAGACUGAUAAAGAGAUUACUUUCAGCAAAGACCAUUUAAGAGACUGCCUUCUGUCUCUAGCCUGUGAUGUAAUGGGGAGAGAGCGCAGCAACUUUGAGACUUAUUCCAUGUGCUAUGAAAACAUACUUCGUCAGGAACACCAACUGCUUUACCAAAAGGAACAGGAAAUAAAGGGAAUGCAGAAAUCCCAAACACCAUCUACAACACUUAGCUGCCAGUUAGCUGACCUCAGUCAUGAGAUAAUUAUCGAGAUCACAGCUCUGCGGGCAAAGCUGGCCAACCUGGAGGAAGAGAAUGCGAAGCUGAAAGAUGAGAUCAGGAAAGAAGUGAGACAGGAAUAUGAUGCUUUGGUCAGAGAUCUCUUUGCAUCCUGCUUUGCAUUAAAGGGAAAGCUGGAUGAAUACCAUAUUAACAUGAACAAAACGGUCUGUGAACUGAUCAAUGAAGUGAGAAGGACAGGGGUGGAAAACAUGAUUAUCCUCAAGAGAAAGAUUGGCUCGACAAAGAACGAUGAAACCUUAAAAGAGAACUUGACACAGCAAAAUCAGCUACAGUCCUUACGGGAAGAGAACAGUAAACUGGAGAGAUUGGUUUGUCAGCUGAAAACGCUGAGCUGCUGGCGACAGACAGUAAAGCAGAAACAGUUCCAACGAUCUUGCACUGCCUUGGAGCAGGAAGUCGUAAAAGUCAAGAAACGUUAUCUCAAUAUUAAAAUGCUGGCGGAAGAGGAAGUGCUUUUACUGCGUCAGCAACUCUCUGCCGUACAGAAAGCUCUGAGCAAGUCCCAGUCGGAGAAUGAUAAAAUGAAGAAAGAACUGGAAAAAGAGAAAUGGCUGCUGAAGGAGUACGAGCACAAGGCUUCUCAAGAGUUGAAGAGCCGACAGCAGCUGGACAGUGUGAAAGCAUCCAACAUGGAACGACUGUUGAAUGACAUGGAGGAGAAGGAACAGAGGUUCCAUCUACUAAGCACUGAGUUUGAGAGAUCUUCCAAAAUGGCUCAAAUCCAGCACAAUAAGAUCGAUAAGGAGAUCAAACAGGUACGCUGUAAGCUGGUCCAAGAGCGCAACUUGAAACUAGAUGCCUUCCAACGAGUCAGUGAAUUGCAGAACCAGAUGAAUGACUUUGAGGUAGCUUUGUCUCUAAGAGGCAGUGCUACAGAGAACAGGAAGAAAUUACCAUCAUACCUUUGUCGCAGUGCAAGCAGCUUCAGAAGUAUUUUACCAGGCAUGGGAUUACCAACUCCCUGUCACGCCCACUCCUCACUAAUUUCUAGGGACCAUCCUCAACGCUGUUUGACUACUGAUUCAAAGACCACUGAUGUGAGCAGAACGAUUACUGAUCGAGGAAGGAGGGUGCAAAGGCCAAAAACAGUUCCAAGCAGACUCCGCAACAAAGUGGUGGAAGCACUGUUGCCAGAAUUGGAGGAACCAAAUCACCAUGAUCUUCUCCUAGAACUGCAAGACUACAGAUUAAAUCAGAAAUAACAGAGACACCUAUCAACAAACUGCACAAUCAAAAUAGGAAAGCAGAAAAAUCAGGACAUGGGAGUGAAAGUAUGUUUACUGUAGCCUAAUUUUGCAAUCCUUUUCUAUGAAAUUCUUGAGCACUAUAUCAUGGAGAUUUGCCCGAUUCCAAACAAGAUGCUAUUAUGCCAAUCAAUCGCUGUUACAUUGAUUGAAAAUCUGACGGAGGAUUGUGUGUUCUGGCUUCCUCACCAUUACUUUUGGUCAUCAAGGUUUGUUUUCCCCCCCCCCCACCCGCCAGUCAAGUCCGUACCAUUCAGCAGACAAGACAGACUCGAACUGGUGAAUGUAGUCUUUAAUAUUGGAUCCAAUAAAAAUGUGCUGAGGGUAUUUGGAUU